GCCGAGAGAACAGAGAGGUGAUCAAGAGAGUUAGAACCCAUGGCCACCCAAAAGCAGAAUUGUCAGAAAGUCUCCAUAACAAAGACAGUAUCCGUCCACCCCAAAUCUCUGCAACCUCUAGAACUACUCAGUCUUUCCAAUCUUGACAGGCAGUGCCCAACACUCAUGUACUUGGUCUUCUUUUACAACCCAUGUCAUGCUAACCAAAACAUGUCAGUUGGGUCGCUCUUCAGUGGCCUGAAAUUGGGUCUGGAGGAGACUUUGUCAGUCUGGUACCCAGCUGCAGGGAGGCUGACCUUGAACCAGACUAAUGGAAAACUAGAUCUCUUGUGCAACAAUGCAGGUGCAAUUCUGGUUGAGGCAGUCACACAAGUGAAGAUCUCAGAGCUUGGAGAUCUCUCAGAGUACGGUAGCUUCUACGAGAAUCUGGUGUUCAAGCCUGUUUUCAAUGGCAGCUUCUCUGAGAUGCCUCUGGUUGUUGCUCAGGUGACAAAAUUUGGAUGUGGAGGGUAUGCAGUGGGUGUUGGGACGAGCCACUCUUUGUUUGACGGACCAUCAACCUUCAAUUUCCUCAGUGCAUGGGCUUCUAAGGCUGCUAAGAGAUCAAAUGGAAGUUUAGAGCUUCAUGAACCUAUCCAUGACAGAGGCAGAUUGCUGGUUGGUCGCAGCCCAACACAACACCAAAUUACUAAAUUUUGUAAUAACUACAGUCUGGUGACAAGGGUUGCAGCCAUUGAACAUCUACUCCAGUUGAUAAAGCAGGCAGUUACUGACCCGAGUCUAGACCAUGAAGAAAAUCUUGGAGGGUGCAGGUUCUCUGAAGUAGGGUGCACUACUCACUGGGAGAAUUAUGUUCAGAAGACAUUUCGAGUAAGCAGUGCAAUGAUCGAGAGCUUGAAGAGUAAAAUCUCCUGCUCAAAGAAUGGGACUGGUGCAUGUUCAUCCUUUGAGGUGGUGGCAGCCCAUCUGUGGAAGGCAAGGACAAAAGCUUUGGGACUGACAAAGGAGAAGAUGGUUUGCCUGCAAUUUGCCGUGGACACAAGGAACAGGACGGUGCCACCAUUGACUCAGAGGUUCAGUGGGAAUGCUUAUGUGCUAGCUUCUGUAAGUUGCAGUGCAGGAGAACUUGAGGAAGAAAGUCAUGCCGCCAUUGUUGAAAAGAUAAAGGAAGCCAAGAGAUCUGUGACUGAUGAUUAUGUGAAAACUUAUCUUGAGGCAUUGGAAGGGCCACAAGCUACCCUUCCCCCACUGAAGGAGCUAACUAUAGUCUCUGAUUGGACGAGGAUGCCGUUCCACAAGGUUGAUUUUGGGCAUGGAGAAGCGGCCUAUGCGUCUCCUUUAGUCCCUCCAUUUGCGCAGGUCGCUUACUUCAUGCAGAACCCAACCGAAACCAGGGCCAUUGAUGUGAGGAUUGGUUUGCUUCCCCAACACCUCCAAGCCUUCUCUCACUUCUUUCUCACCAAACUAUAAUAAAUGGAGCAACCACAGUCUGCGGUUCUUCUGUUGCUAACAUGCAUUACCUUUGAAGUUUACUCUAGCAUUAAUGCUGGUUUCUA